AUGACUGUCAGCGAUGCGCAGCGAGUCCUCCUCCAGUUCAUCGCAAUGCAAACCAUCCUCACCCCCCAUCAAAUUGCAUCAGGCUCGCCCCCGCUCGUCAACCUCUUCAUUGAUCACCGUGGAAUGUCGGAGGAGCAGUGUCAAUUCGCUCCCAAUGCCUCGCGCGUCGCGCUCUGGGUCGUAUCAAGAUCUGCCGCCGGAUUAACGCCAAGAGAGCUUGCGGAAGACUGCAAGGCGAAGGCGCGCUCAGACAUCGUAAACGCGGACGAGAAGCCUCAACUGGAAGUCCCUAAGAGCGCGAAGCUCGCUCCUGGCUCCACCGUACAGCCGAUGGCUACCGUCACUCUCGAGGGCAUGAUGUUCAGUCAGGGCGGACACCUGAUGCUGAACAAGAAAUGCAAGCUACCAGAGGGCGCGUUCAAACGCGCGAAGAAGGGAUACGAGGAAAUUCAUGUGCCUGCCCCAAAGCAAAAGCCCACUCAAGCGGAUGAAUUUGUCCCGAUUUCCAACACCCGUUCUGUACCCCGUUGCAUUCGGCUCAGACGAGCUAUCCUCUUGUGUGCACCAACAGAUGCCGGCAAGAUUGACGUCGCUAUGUUGACUAUCCUGAACGAGCUUGGCAAGUGGCGCCACGAGGAGACGGGCGAAUUCGACCUAGACUCCUUCAAGAUCAUCUACGUCGCCCCUAUGAAAGCUCUCGUCCACGAGAUGGUUGGCAACUUCAGUUACCGGCUAGGCGUUUACGGCGUCAAAGUUGGUGAAUUGACUGGAGAUGCGCACAUGACGAAGCAGCAGAUCGCGGAGACGCAGAUCAUCGUCAUGGCGCCGGAAAACACGACUCCCACCCUUCCACACCUGCAGAAUUACCUUCAAGCACUGGUCAUCAUCGCAUCCCUCCGCUCCCUCGUCCACCUGCACUCAGUCCACGCAGCAAGGUUCGACUCAAAGGCAGCCGGCAAUGGCGACGGGCGCGCAUUGAUGUCACGUCUCUGGACGUUCCUGAAGACGGGGGUUGACAUGGAGCCUGGUGCUGGUGGCACAAAGCUCAUGAACCUCGCAGACCAGGUCGUACGCCUGCUGCAGGGGCGACUCGAGGGUCUGGGCUUGGCGGUUUGGGCUUCAAUGACUGGUGAUGACAUGGCGGACUUAUCACGCGAGAAAGUGACCGAGCUACUCGAAGGCUCGAAAAACGAAGAUCGGCACUCAGAUGACAAUCACGGCGACUUCCACUACGAGCGCCAUCGGAAUGAUCGAGACGUACAGCAUUGUAGGCUGCAGCAGCGCGAGGUCCUAUGA